AAGAUGGAUGCGCCCAUGAAAAUGAACAAAAAUCAUAAAAGAUGAAUAAUCAGACGAUUUUAUUGCUACUUUUGUUCUGUUUUACCAGAAAUAUUGAAAAUAUUGAACCAAUUUCUUCUAAAGUGCAAUCUGAACGUGUAGAAAAGUUAAGGUGUGGUUAUAACAUCGAUACCCUGUGGACUGCUGAGCUUGCCCAUUCUCCAUUUGCUGCUGCUCCUUUAAUAGCUGAUGUAGAUGGCAACGGUAAACAUGAAAUAAUAGCUGCUCCAUUUAGUGAAAGUUUUACGGUGCUACAGGGACAAAAUGGUCAAAUAUUACAUCAUUCCUCAUGGCCAGCUGUCAACCUAGAUAACUCUGUACAUGCUAGCCCUUUACAAUUCGACAUUGACCACGAUGGAAUGUUAGAUAUAAUGUUUACUCUUUCUUCUGGAGAGCUGAGAUUUUACUCACCAGAUGGUCAGAGGUUGAAGGAUAAAACUUAUCAGAUAGAUCCAGUCUAUGUUUCGAAGGCUUGGUACCAGUAUGAAUUGAUAGUAAAUGCUCCUACAAUAAAUAAAUAUGCUUUUGUUGAGAAACCAAAAGGCGAUGAGUUUCAGCAUGUAGUACCAGUAGAUGCACACGUUCUGUCAACACCUGUUUUGGUUGACCUAAACAAUGACAAGAGAGUAGAGGAACUUGUUAUAUCUGUUUCUUAUUUCUUUGAAGAAGAUGACUUCAUAGCAAAGGGAAGCAAUAAAAAAGAACAGUUAAAUGGAUUGAAGUAUGAAGACAUUGGCAAGUUUUUAUUGUCUGGGAUAACAGUGGUCAAUUUGACAACUUUAGAGCCAUUGUGGACCAAAGUAUUAGAUCUUACACAGAUAACAGCUGAGUUUCCUGCCUACAAUCUAUUCACUCCCACUGUAGUAGAUAUCCAGGGAGACUUCAGUCCUUUAGAGAUUGUUCUAGGAACGUCAGCUGGUAAUCUCUAUAUAUUAGACCAUGCUGGACAAGUUAAAGAUGGCUGGCCUAAGUCCUCUGGGUCUAUACAUGGACAGAUAACUGUAGCUGACCUAAAUGGAGAUGAUAUCUUAGACAUUGUUGCCAUUGAUACAAGUGGUGAUGUCGUCUGCUAUAACUCUGAUGGUAAAACUCAAUGGGAGAUUCAGAUCACAGGGACAUCUACUGCUGGCAGUCGGUUGUAUGAUGUCAACAAUGAUAAUGUGUUGGAUGUCAUCAUUACAACAAAUGUUGGUGAUAUUUUUGCAUUAGAUGGCAUGAGUGGUCAAAUAUUACCCAACUGGCCAGUAAAGUUAGGAAAGAAGAUAUCAUCCAAUGUACUCAUUACGAAGAUCUCAACAGCACACACAACACCUGAUAUGUUAGUAUUAACAGACGAUGGAUAUCUACAUGUCAUCUCAAUGGACCUCAAAUGUAAAACUAAGUUCACAUUAGGGGAAACAACUCUGGUCCAGUUGUUGGCUCAUGACCUUAUGGAAGGGUCAGAUGGAUUGGAGAUAUUAGUUGCCACUAACGAUGGAGCCUUGAUAUGUUUAGGAAGCUCUCAGGGACCAACGGAUAUAUUUAUUGAUGAAGAAAAAGAUAAAGAAAGAUUAAAAUACAGUUUACAAAGUGAAACAAAAAGUCCUAAUGAUUUUAUAUAUGGAUAUAUAAAGCCUAAUCUUUACAUCACACAAUACAGUAGAAUAGAAGAAGAAGUCACAGGGUCGGAAUUUUACUUAGAAUAUGAUAUUAGUGAUAUGUCAAAAAAAGCAGGUCCAUAUGAAAUCAGGGUUUAUUUUGGAUUUCAUCUGUUACAAAACACAAGCCAUGCUGGUCCAGGGCUUUACAGUUUAAAAGUUCCUGCCUUUAAUGAACCAAGUCAUGGACAUAUAAUUGUUGUGAUGAGAAACAGACAUGGUAUGAUUGUAACAGACUCGUAUACAAUCAGAUUUAACCGUUUAAUUAUGGAAGACUUGCAGUGGUUAUUAGUGACACCAUUUAUAGCAAUGUUAAUCAUUUUAUUAGUUUUACAUGGAUUCCCAAUGAAAGACUUGUUACCAUAUACACAUCAAUCCAAAACCAGAUAGCACAUGGCUUUCAAUAGGUCUAAUUUAUAAUUUAUGAACAAUCCUAUCCAAUGAAAGGUUGUCUUAGAAAAUAUACAGAAAAGUGCUACAGAGAUAUUCAGUGAGAAACUGACAUUUUAUAUACCCGUGUAAAACCAGAUAGCACAGAACUAUGUUUUGAACUUAUUAUUUGUACAUGUUAUACAAUAUUAUUGAGAAUGAAGUGUU